CUCAGACUCCGGCAGGGAGCAUUCGAUCUGGCGCACGCGCUCUCGACUCCUACGGCUCUCCGGGCCGUGCUGUGUCUCCUGUUUUUACUUCCUUCUCCUUAGAGCUGUAUCCGGGUCGUUGCCUCACCUAUUGUCUCAGGCAACCGGCCUCAGACUGUGCAAAUUCCGGGUCUUUUGUUUCUAAUGCAGGCUAAUAAAGUUUUUCUUUCUUUUAUUUUUUUCUUCUAGUUUUAACGGGGAAAUUAACACCCCAGGGCCGCCGGGUUAGUCGCGCUGGCUGGGCCAGAGGGCGCCUCUGGCCGGGGUACGCCGUGGGAAGGGACGCGAGCGGCCGGGGCUGGUUCUGCGAGAGCUCGGGGCGGGAGGGGAACCGUGGGCUGCUUUUGCUGCGCCCCGACCGGGUUGGCGGCGUCGCCGAUUUUAAAUAGCAUCCUUCGGAUUUGCCUCCGCUGCCCCACUCCCGAUCUCGGCGCUGCCUGGGCUCCCGCAUCCUCUCCCUAGGUCUCCUCCAAACGAUCACCUCACGGAUUCCUUAUGGAUCGCAGCUCCAAGAGGAGGCAGGUGAAGCCUUUGGCAGCUUCUCUGCUAGAAGCUCUCGAUUAUGAUAGUUCAGAUGACAGUGAUUUUAAAGUUGGAGAUGCUUCAGAUUCUGAAGGGAGUGGUAAUGGAAGUGAAGAUCCAUCAAAGGACAGUGGAGAAGGCUCCUGUAGUGAUUCUGAAGAAAAUAUUUUAGAGGAAGAACUGAAUGAAAAUAUUAAAGUAAAAGAAGAACAAAUUAAAAAUUCUGCAGAGGAAGAAACACUGUCAUCAGAAAAACAGUUAAUUAAAAUGGAAAAGAAGGAGGAAGAAGAGAAUGGAGAAAGACCUAGAAAGAAAAAGGAGAAGGAGAAGGAGAAAGAAAAGGAAAAAGAGAAGGAGAAAGAAAAAGAGAAAGAGAGAGAAAAGGAAAAAGAAAAGGCAACAGUAUCUGAUAAUGUGACAGCUUCUGCUGCUGCCACCACACCUGCCAUGAGUCCUCAUGCUGUUAAUGCAUCCCCUUCUGUCCCCAGUACCACAAACACUACAGAGGAGCAAGUUAGUGAGCCAAAAAAAUGGAACCUUCGCCGAAACCGACCACUGUUGGAUUUUGUAUCCAUGGAAGAGCUGAAUGACAUGGAUGACUAUGACAGUGAGGAUGACAAUGAUUGGCGACCUACUGUAGUAAAGAGAAAGGGAAGAUCUGCCUCACAGAAAGAGGGAAGUGAUGGAGACAAUGAGGAUGAUGAAGAUGAGGGAAGUGGGAGUGAUGAGGAUGAGAAUGAUGAAGGCAAUGACGAGGAUCAUAGCAGCCCUGCCAGUGAAGGGGUUUGUAAGAAGAAGAAAAGUAAAGUUGUUAGCAGAAACAGUGCUGAUGAUGAAGAACUGACCAAUGAUAGCCUGACACUAUCUCAAAGCAAGAGUAAUGAGGACUCGCUGAUUCUUGAGAAGAGUCAAAACUGGAGUUCUCAAAAAAUGGACCAUAUUCUGAUUUGCUGUGUUUGUCUUGGAGAUAAUAGUGAGGAUGCUGAUGAAAUAAUUCAGUGUGACAAUUGUGGCAUUACAGUCCAUGAAGGUUGCUAUGGAGUUGAUGGUGAGAGUGACUCAAUUAUGAGUUCAGCUUCUGAAAACUCCACUGAACCUUGGUUUUGUGAUGCCUGUAAAUGUGGUGUUUCCCCUAGCUGUGAACUAUGUCCCAAUCAGGAUGGAAUUUUCAAGGAGACAGAUGCUGGAAGAUGGGUUCACAUCGUUUGUGCCCUGUAUGUACCUGGAGUAGCUUUUGGAGAUAUUGACAAGUUACGUCCAGUAACAUUGACAGAAAUGAACUAUUCCAAAUACGGUGCCAAGGAGUGUAGCUUCUGUGAAGACCCUCGUUUUGCUAGAACUGGAGUUUGCAUUAGCUGUGAUGCAGGGAUGUGCAGAGCCUAUUUUCAUGUAACCUGUGCCCAAAAGGAAGGUCUGCUUUCAGAGGCAGCAGCGGAAGAGGAUAUAGCAGAUCCAUUUUUUGCUUAUUGUAAGCAACAUGCAGAUAGGUUAGACAGAAAAUGGAAGAGAAAGAAUUACUUGGCUCUACAAUCCUAUUGUAAAAUGUCUUUGCAAGAGAGAGAGAAACAACUGUCACCUGAAGCACAGGCGAGGAUCAAUGCCCGGCUUCAACAAUACCGUGCAAAAGCAGAGCUGGCUCGAUCUACUAGGCCCCAGGCCUGGGUCCCAAGGGAGAAACUGCCCAGACCACUCACUAGUAGUGCUUCAGCCAUUCGUAAACUGAUGCGGAAAGCAGAACUCAUGGGUAUCAGCACAGAUAUCUUCCCAGUGGACAAUUCAGAUACUAGUUCUAGUGUGGAUGGAAGGAGAAAGCAUAAACAGCCAGCUCUCACUGCUGAUUUUGUGAAUUAUUAUUUUGAGAGAAAUAUGCGCAUGAUUCAAAUUCAGGAAAAUAUGGCUGAACAAAAGAACAUAAAGGAUAAAUUAGAGAAUGAACAAGAGAAGCUUCAUGUGGAAUACAAUAAGCUAUGUGAAUCUUUAGAAGAACUACAGAAUCUGAAUGGAAAACUUCGAAGUGAAGGGCAAGGAAUAUGGGCCUUGCUAGGCAGAAUCACAGGGCAGAAGUUGAACAUACCAGCAAUUUUGCGGGCACCGAAGGAGAGAAAACCAAGUAAAAAAGAAGGAGGCACACAAAAGACAUGUACUCUUCCAGCUGUACUUUAUAGUUGUGGAAUUUGUAAGAAGAACCAUGAUCAACAUCUUCUUUUGUUAUGUGAUACCUGCAAACUCCAUUACCAUCUUGGAUGUCUGGAUCCUCCUCUAACACGGAUGCCAAGAAAGACCAAAAACAGUUAUUGGCAGUGCUCAGAAUGUGACCAGGCAGGGAGCAGUGACAUGGAAGCAGAUAUGGCCAUGGAAACCUUACCAGAUGGGACCAAACGAUCAAGGAGACAGAUUAAGGAACCAGUGAAAUUUGUUCCACAAGAUGUACCACCAGAACCCAAGAAGAUUCCAAUAAGAAACACGAGAACCAGAGGACGAAAACGAAGCUUCGUUCCUGAGGAAGAAAAACAUGAGGAAAGAGUUCCUAGAGAAAGAAGACAAAGGCAGUCUGUAUUACAAAAGAAGCCCAAGGCUGAGGAUUUAAGAACUGAAUGUGCAACUUGCAAGGGAACUGGAGACAAUGAAAAUCUUGUCAGUUCCUGGCACAUUUAAUACUCAGUAAAGGUUUGAUGAAUGAAUGACUGCUCUACAUAAGUAAGGACUGAUUAUUCUUUGCCGAAUUAAUAAAAACUUUUACUAUAGAGCAAAUUGAGUCACUAAAUAUAAGCAUUUAAUGAAGAUGUGUAAAAGACUUCUUAAAGGAUAGGUGCUUUUAUGUCACUGAAGCAUUGUGCAUGAUUUUUUCUUUGUGUUAGGUGAGAAAAUAGGAACCACAGAUACGAGAUUAGUUAGAUUAGUUAGUUAAUACAUCUAUACAAUUUAAUACAUCUAAGUAAUUUCCUGGCUUGAACAUAUUUGAUUUUCAAAAGGUAGAUUUUAGAGGUAGGUGGGCCUUCUUUCUAAGUCUCUAUCAAAUUAGGGAUUAAGACCAAACUUUCGGGUCCCAAAUUUUAUCUUUCUUAUAAAAAAAAAAAUUAUGUAAACUAAAUAUGACACAUCCUAUUACUUAAUGGAAGAUAGGAAGGGAAAAAAAAAGUUUUUUUAAACUAAGAAGCCUAGAAUCCCUAAAAAAGAAUCCCUGGGUCCUCCUGAAUAACAUCUUUAAUUUAGUAUCAUGGCCUUUAUUCAGAAGCAUUGAGGAUAAAAUGAUCUAGGAAGCUAUUUCACUUUUAUAGCUACUUCUACACUAUUAAGUGGUUGCAGUUCCUUUUUUUUAAAAAAGUAACAACUAGAUUCUCCUUAUUUAAACAUAAGGCAAAUUGUAUAGCUAGUGAGCCAUUUUGCUUACAAGAUUAGGAUGUAAUUUGGUCUCCAGACAAUGUUGCUAGCACCUUUAUUUAUUUCAGAGUUUAAACAUUUGGCUUCUGAGUGCUUCUCCCAAAACUAAAUUUGAUUGUUUUCAUAAGUUAUUAGGAACACCAGCAAGAUUUCAUAUUUAUCAGAUUUUGUUUCAAAUAUUAAAGUCUCUUUGAUUACUCUGAUUUUUAAUUGUAUUUUCUGUUCCAGGUAGUAUAGGCUUGUAGACUGUCUGGGUUUAUAGCUGGAGGGGUGUCUUCUCCCUGAAAUUUGUUUAGAACAACAGAAUAAAGCUAACUAAGAUUGGUGGUAACUUAAGUUACCAUUUUAGUAGAACUUCAGAUCACCGAAAAUGGAUUUAAUUACUUUAAAAAAAAAAAUGAAACUUAAUUCUGUCUCUUAAAAACAGUUAGGAUUGUAUUUGACAGAUGUAAAAAAAAGUAAAAUGAGGUUUUUUAUUUUUUGGUUAUGCACUUGCUGGUUUACUCUUUCUUGUGCAGGUAGUUUAUCAUAUAAUAAUUCGCUCUUAAGGUUGAUAAAAUUUACAUAUUCAUGUAGGAAUAUCAUGAUUGUAAAGUGAUAAUGUAAAUGUAUGUUAUUUAGAUCCUUUGAAUUUUAGAAACAAAUACAGGUUUUAAAUGAUUUGUGUUUUCUAAUUUCAAACAUAGUAAAAACAGACAUUUCCUAAAAAAGACAUUUCUGAGUAAGCUUCUAUUUCUGUUCUUUUCUCUUACCAGCAAUUUCAGGGAUAAGUUUGUUUUGUUUCAUCUUACAUUCAUUAGUAUAGUGCAGUUACAAUUUUCAAAAGUAUUGUUUCUAAAGCUUGUAUUUCUAAUAUUUCUCUCAGUUAUAUGUAGUAAAAUUUUAUCCUCCCAUGGCACCCUGACAACUUGUAUAAUAGACUUUUUUCCUUCAGAUUUGGCUACUGUUAUCUCUAGAUUAGGUUUAACUUGGCUUUUUUUUUCCCCCAGGAGAGUAUAACUAUCUUGAAGUCAUAGUCCCUGUCUUACUCAUCUUUGUAUAGGUUUAUAUCCAAGUCACCAAAGGCUCCUCCUCCCUGCCAGUCACAAUGGUUAGUGGCUUGCACACUUCAUAUGAAGUUACAUUAAGAAUUUUUGGUAAGGUAUUAACCCUUCCUGAUUCUGUUGGUACGUUUAAUAUAAAAGGCAAAGAUAAAGUAGUAAAUCAAGAUGUCUCUGGAGGCAUAAGAACUUAUUGUAACUCAUGACCUAAAGAAAUUUUCCACCUAACUGUUUUAACACGGUUCACAUCAAAAGGUAAAAAAAAUCUAGUAUUCAGUAUUCAAAUUGAUGAAGCAUUAGGAAUUAUUUGAAUAUUUAAACAAAGGAAUAUAAUUAAGACGACUUUGAAACUUUAUUUUCUUAGAUUUUGUUACUACUGCUUUACAUUUACUUCACUUUUUAAAUAACAGUUAUAGAGGCAGUUGCUUUUCAAGGAAAUUCUGAUACAAUUAUUAAAAAAUAGCAUCAUUUAAUACUUCAGUAAAAUUAAAAUUCAGAAAAAUUUCUGUCAUAUUCUGGAGUGUUUAACAUAAUUAUGUUCCUGCUUUGAGAAAAUAUACACAAAUACCUUUUUAGUUAGCAGAUAGUUAUUUUAUAAGUUUUUUUGAUAUUUUUUAAAAGAAAUUAUAGUUUCUUUUAGUUUUGAAAGCUGUUUUUAUUACUGUUUCUGAAACCUAGCCGUUUAAUUGUAUUAACUCUUUAAAAACAUGGUUUUCCUGUAUAUGGCAGGAUAUUGAAUCAAUUUAAUAUCAGAAAUAAAACUCUAGAAGAAUGCGAGUGUUUAGUGUAUAGCAAAUGCUAGAAUGUAUAAUAAAAAUCAGCCUGUGCAGUGAUUAGCAGAUAUGUUCUUUUUUAUCAAAGAUGAGUAGGAAAAAGAGGAAAUGUGAUAGCUAUUGAACUUUUGCAGUUUCCCAUCCUUGCUGAUACAUAUUUUUAAAUAGGUAUUUUGAAGAAUUGCAGUUUUAGUAAUUUUUAUCUGGAAAAUAAAAAAUUAAAAGAUUAAAAAAAAUGCUGCACCUAGAUAGAAACGUCAUCAUAUGUGCUUGUCUUAGAAUUUUUAAACCAAGACUAUGUUUUUUUUUUUUAUGUAAACUAAGUAGAGAAAUACCUUUGUUAACUCUGUUUAUUCAGGUAUUUUUUUAUUUUCUCUCUUCGAUGUUUUGUAGUUUCCAGUAUAGAAUUCUUGCAUGUCUAUUUUUACAUUUAUUUCUCAGUCCUUAACAUUUUUUGAUGCUAUCAUACAGGAAUUUUUUCAAAUGUUAUUUUCUAUAGUGUUGAGAGCUGCCAGGUGUCUAGGUUGUCAUUUAGGACAACUAACUGAAAGUAAUAAUAACAAGACUUUAUUCACUUACUAUAAUAAUGUAAGCAAGAAACCAAACAAGAAAUGAAGCUGGCUCCCACAAUGAUCCAUUUUUUUUUUUACCCGAAGGGCACCAGUGAGUGUCAGGUGGAUCAGUGCAGAUGCAGGCAAAGGAGGCUAUCUCACUGCUGAGGGAGCCCAGAGGAGCAAAAGUCUCCUGCCAUUUUGUGGACCUGGGAAGCCUAAGGGACGGAGAGCAAAAGGACUCGGAGUGUAAAAGUAGAGUCAGAGUGGAAAAAAGUGUCUUUGAACCCCCUUGCCCCAUAAGGAGGUCCUGGCAGUGGCUCUGAACAGUGUCACAGCUAAACUCCCCCCCACCCCCGCCACGCCUUCAAGGAGGCCUCUGAAUGGAGUUGCUUAGGGUCUAAGAAUGCUGAUAUACUUUUGAGCACUACCAGUAGGGGAGGAACAAAAAGAGGGGGUAGUGAGUCCUUGACUGCAGCUUCCUUCAGAGACUUCAGUGCACUGGCUUUGUAUCCUGUCUGGUAUUGGGAGAGCAGCUUUUGCCUGUGACCCCUGCCAGGCAAAGAGUUUGUACUUGCCUUUGAUUAGGCCAGAAACACAUUGGACCUUGGCCUGCAUCUGGGUUCCUCAGCUAGUACCUGUCAACAUUGCAGAAUUCACUAAAUGUAUUAUUUUGUAGAUUCCUUAGGAUUUUCUAUAUAAACAGUCAUAUCAUCUGCCAAUAGAAGCAGUUUUACUUCGUUACCAAUCUUUACAGCUCAUUAUUCUGAUAAAACUUCAGUAUCAUUGACUAGAACUGAUGAAAGUAGACACCUUUGCCUGACUUGGGGGCAAAGCAUUCUCUCUUUGACUAUGAAGUAUUGUGUUUUUUUCAGUUUUUCACAAAUACUCUUCAUCAGCUUGGCGAAGUUUCCUUCUGGCCCUGAUUUGCAGAGCACUUUUACUAUUUGUUGAUUUUUCAAAAUGCUGUUUCUCCCCUUAUGGAGGUAAUCAUAUGUUUUUUCUCCUUUAUUCUAUAAGAAUUUUCACUUCUGUAUUCAUAGAAGGUAUUGUUCUGUUAUUUUCUUUUUUUGUAAAGUCUUUGUCAAGUUUUGCUAUCAAGUUAUGCUGGCCUUCUAAAAGGAGUUGGAAAGUAUUCCUCUUCUCUAUUUAAAAAAAAAAAAAGAGUUUAAUACUGAUAUUUCUUCAUUAAAUUUUGGUAGAAUUCCUCAAUGAAACCACUUGGACCUGGAUUUUUCUUUGUGGGAAGCUUUUUCAUGAUGAAUUUAAUUUUUAAGAUAGAGUUUUUUUUUGUUUUUUUUCAAAAUAGGUACCAAGCUAUUGAAUUUUUUUUUCUUUUCAUCUUAUGUCAGAUUGGUAAAUUGUGUUUUUCAAGGAAUUUAUUCACUUUAUUUUAGUUUUCUGUGGCAUCUUCCUUUGUGUGUUAGCAUCAUGGUCUUUUCUGUAGCCUCGCUUGCCUCUUGAGUGUGCAAUACAACUAUUCACUUGAGACUUUUCUGUUGCCUGUAAUGUUUUGAAUUAUAUUCUGUUUUUCCUCCUGUGACUAGGUCGUUAUUUACUUUUUUCAUGGACCUUUCCUGACUCACGUGACCCCAUAUUGAUCUUGUUCUUGCUUUGAUUACCCUGAGAACAUAAAAUCCCACAUCAUGUUAUCAUCUGCUUGGUUGUGAGUUGUCUUGUUAUUGUCUAUCUGUUAUUUGUAUAGCUCUGUUUUACUUUUCUUGCUAGAUGAGGACAGGGUCUGGGUUUUCCAUUUAUUUUUAAUGGUUCUCAGAGUCUAAUACAAUCUAGCACAGGUAGUUUAAUUCAGAAUACAUGCUUGUUAAAAUUAAUUUGCUGAUGCAGAGCUAGAUCUGUACACAUUUGCUGCUCCAUAUGAUUGAAAUAGCUUAUAAUCUUUUGAGGACAGGGGCAUUUCUUUAAAUAGUUCCUAAUUGGUUUGUUUUCUUUCUUAAAAAUUAAAAUAUUUUUCAUCAUUAAAAACAAACCUGAAAGAAGUAUCUACUUAUUAUGAAAAAAAACAAAAUGGUUGUUGAUUU